ACUUUUAUUCUGAAGUGCCGCUGUGCAGUCUUGUGUUUCCUCAGCGCUGCUGGAACUUCUCUCUCUCUCUCCAAGGAAGAAUGGAUGGUGAAGAGAAGACAUACGGUGGCUGUGAGGGCCCAGACGCUUUGUAUGUAAAACUCAUCUCUUCAGACGGGCAUGAGUUUAUAGUGAAGAGAGAACACGCUUUAACCUCUGGCACCAUUAAAGCCAUGCUGAGUGGGCCAGGUCAGUUUGCAGAGAAUGAAACAAAUGAGAUCAAUUUCCGGGAGAUCCCGUCGCACGUGCUCUCCAAAGUGUGCAUGUACUUCACUUACAAAGUUCGCUACACAAACAGCUCCACAGAAAUCCCAGAAUUCCCCAUCGCUCCUGAGAUCGCGCUGGAACUGCUGAUGGCUGCCAAUUUUUUAGACUGUUAAACAGAAUAAUGCUCAGUUGUUCCAUAGGACGUUUUAAAUAUAUGCUUAUUUAAAUUGUUUGCAGUGAACUGCAGAUUAAAUAGUGAGUACAGAGUUUAUCAGAAUUGUUUGUUUGUUUGGUUUUGUACUGUGCUUAUUUGAACAGAAUGAUUUGUUUGUAAUAGAAAGACAUUGCCUGAUUGUGUAUUCUAAUUAUGUGCUUUAGGAGUUUGUUUUAAUGAAUUUUAAAAUGCUUUAAUGCAUUUAUUAUUCAUUACUCAUCACUUUAUGGUUGUUUUAUUAUCCUUGUGUGGGUUUUUUGAAGCUGAUUAAACAUAAGGUGAAAAAAA